CGAGCCGUCGCCAAGAAGGAAUUUCGCCCACAAAUCGCAAUCUGCAAGCUCCAACCUCUGGGAAAACCGCAGCCAUUUCGCACCACGACUCCACGAUUCCCGGCAGUAUCACCAACUCGACCGUUGAUUCACCACCCCCAAGCCGCCAAAAUGCCUCAGGAAAUCGCCGACAUCAAGCAGUUCAUCGAGAUCUGCCGCCGGAAGGACGCUUCUUCCGCCCGGAUCAAGAAGAACAAGAAGACCAACCAGUCCAAGUUCAAGGUCCGGUGCUCCAAGAAGCUCUACACCCUUGUUCUCAAGGACUCCGACAAGGUUGAGAAGCUUAAGCAGUCUCUCCCCCCGAACUUGCAGAUCAAGGAGAUUGGCGUUGUCAGCAAGAAGAAGAACUAAGCGUCUCGACUUCCCACGGAACAUGAUGUCAAGAUGCGGUUAGGCGGUGGCAACAUGGGGGCGGAAUCCCCCUGCUGACCUGCCGGAGGGCGACACAACGACAAUAGAGAGAGCACGGCAAGCGACUACUUGGGUUUCAAAAUUGAGCGUCUGUCGGCAACAUAUCUGUCAGACGAUUUGUGGUGCAUAAAAAAACAAAGCCCCGGGUUAUCGGGCUGGGCUGUUUGUUCAUGAAGGCGGCGUCUAUGGAUACCUUUUCGGGAAAAUUUAUGAAGAAUCAUUUCUUCCUGUGCUGAGGCCUCGGUAGCACGGUGUGGUGCUUGUCGGGAUGCUUCCGCCAGCUUGGAGUUUUGAGAUCCAACGUCACGCGCACGGUACAAGAGUCCGAAAAGUGACCCUUCCAAUGAAAUAAAGGAAAAAAUCUGUAAAACAA